CAGCGCCACAAACACGUGGUUCACAUCUGUCAGUGUUACUGUUAGAUACGCUUCAGUGGAAAUGCAGUAAAACAGUUAUCGUUAGUUUGGUGUUUGGAUAGUGAUAGACAACGGAUAUUUAUAGCAUCUGCGUUCUCAAGGAAUCGGCAUGAUAGUCGGGUUAAUCACUAGCAUUUCACCCGUGCCUCUGGCACUAACUUUGAUUGCUGUACUGAUUGCUGUUGCAUUCUACAAUCUCAAAAACAGGGAUCUACCACCAGGACCCAUAGGUUUACCUUAUGUUGGAUAUUGGCCUUUCCUUUACAGCCAAGAUGCGCAUGUACAAAUGGAAGCCUUUAAGAAAAAAUAUGGUGAUAUUUUCAGUUUUACUAGUUUUGGACGUCUGUAUAUAAAUUUAGGAAGUUUCAAAGCUGUUCGUGAAGCUCACAUCGGAAAAGCAGAGUGCUUUGGUGGACGAUUCACGGAUUUCAAUUUACUAUCUUACGUUUUCAGAGAUGGUGUCGGCUUUCUAAAUGGAGAGCCAUGGAAAGAGCUUAGAAAAUUCUUUUUACAAGCUUUGAAAGAACGUGGUGUCAUUACUGUCAAGGACAGCCUGUCUGGUUCUAUGUAUGAAGCCAUAAAAUCAACUGUUGAGUUCCUGAAGGAAAAGAAAGAAGAGCCGGUCAACAUAAUAGAAAUAGUGAACAGAAAAUGCAACGCUAUUCUUCGCCAAAUGCUCUUUGGUGAAAAUGGAAUGUCGGAGGAACAGAUGCGGGAAUUGAUUGAAAUUUACGAAGCAAUUAUGCAGAUCCAGACACCAAAGAAUUUAACUCUGACGGGUGAUAUCCCACGGUAUUUUGUUUUUCCAUUUUUGAAAGGAUUCCAAACAGCGAUGAUUAAUGACCAAAAAAUGGAAAAAAUUUUGUAUAAAGUUAUAGAUGUGCAUAAGUCCACCUAUAAUGAAGAGAACAUUCGUGACAUCAUCGACGACUAUUUUAAAGAAAGGGAUGCGAGACGAAGCAAAGGUGAUCCAACAGCUCGAUAUUUCACAGACAAAGCUUUAAUGUCUACUUUAAAACAAAUUGUUGGGGAUGGAGUGCUGGCUGUAGCUGCCUUCGUUUGCCUUAUCAUCAAGAUUUUACUUGAUCACCCAGAGGAACAGACAAAAGUAUAUGAAGAAAUCGUAGAUAUAGUUGGAACAGAUAGACAACCAACCAUCGAGGAUAAAAAUAAACUGACAUACACUAAUGCCUUCAUUUUAGAAGCCCUGAGAACAUCAGAUUUCUUUGCAUAUUCUCCCAGUUUAGAGUGCACCAAGGAAACAAAUUUACGUGGCUAUCGGAUACCAAAAGGAGCAAUAACUGUGGUGCAGAUUUAUUCAUCACAUUAUGAUCCUGAAGUCUAUGAGGAGCCUGAAAAAUUCAAUCCGUCUCGAUACGUUCUUAAAGAUGCAAAGAAGCGACCAGAACUUCCUAUCACGUUUGGAGUUGGAAAACGAUCCUGCAUAGGAGAGGGUUUCACUAUGAUGCAAAUUUUCUUGUUUCUGACUACAAUCAUUAAGAAUUUUGAGCUUGCUCUCCCCAAAGGAGUAAAGACAACUACAUUUGAAGAUCUGAUAACUGGAAAAUUGCUUCUCGUUGCUCGUCCAAGGAACAGUAAAUGAGACAUUUGUAGAACUUGGAAUAAUUUAUUUUUAUAAUUCCUGAAAUUCUGUAGAUGCAGUAAUGCAUGAUUUAGUUUUCAAUCGCAUGUAAAGACUGCGGAAGUAUUCAUUGCCACGAAACAAUGAGAAUAUGAUCUCUACUGCAGACAUUUUAAAUCUUUUCUUUCGUUGGUUAAUUUAACAUUUAAAAUCACUUUCUUCCUUAUUUUAUCGAUUUGCAGGACAAUGAUUAAUUUGAAUUCAUACUGAAGAUACUUUAAGACUGAGCUUAUAGUUCGCCGAUAUGUUAGAUAUCUUUUAUUUCUUUAACAUAAUAAUCUUUGCUAGUCAUUAUUUAGUGCUAAAAUCUUUAAGUUAUAAAUUUUAUUUAAAAAAAUCUUUUUCUCUUUAAUAUGUACACAAGUGAAGAGAAUUGGUUCUGAAUAAGAUAAGUUUGUUCGAUUUUUUUUUCAAAUAAUUUUUAAUUUAGAGUUGGAUUAUGAAUGAUCAAAUAACAUCUCCCCCUAAAAAAAUCUAGUUUUUUUUUAAAGAACUAUUUUAACGAUUAUAGAAAGGUUAGCGAUAUGCUUAUGUUCCAUUAGUAAUCAAAGAGUUAAUACAAUGUGGUCUGCCUCCUUUCUGUCUUAUAUUCCUGAUUUCUUAUAUAUUUGAUACUAUUGAAUGGCGUUACUAUUGGAUUUGAUGCUAUUGGAAGAGUUAAAAUAAAUUUGAAAAAUAUAAUAUAUUUAAAUGUACUAUGUACACUAUUCCACGAAGUACGUAAUUUCGCAGCAUAAUUCUUUCGAAUUUAUAAAUAAUCUGAACAAGGACACAAACCAAUUAGAAUAUAAUUUUAGCUUGAGGAAUCUUGCUACUAAUUCACUUGGAAACUAUACAAUUAGAAAUGUGUGCUUUUAGAAUUAUUGCAUCAAAAGCUCUUAUAAAUCGGCUCAGUAGACUCAUUACACAGUUAAGUAUAAUAUAAAUUUAUUAACUUAUAUUUAAAAUCAUGAUGAUGAAUAUAGCACUUCCGAGAAGCCAUCGUACAUGUAAGCAUCAGUACAAGACCUUUCCAAAUACAGAGGGUCGAAUCGACAACAAACACAUACACAAAUAAAAAACGACAUUUUUUUAAUACUAUUACUUUGAAGUAACCUCAUUUUAUUCGUUUAAAUGUAGUGAUACAAUAAUAGUAUCGUAUCCUUUUAAAUGUAUAACAAAAAUAAUUACAAUAUAGAAAUUUUUGAAAAAUUGUUUACAAAUUUAAGAUAUUUUUUUAAUUUAAACAUACCCAAUGUUGAUUUUUGCUAAUAUUAAAAAUAUAAGCAAUUCUAAUUUAAACAAAUUUAUUUUGAAUUGAAUUUAUUUUAGUUAUUUUAAUCACAAUAAAAGAAGCUUAUGCAUUUCUAAUAAAUGAUCAAUAAUUAUCAGAAUCUCUGUACUUUUACAAAUGCUACAUCUGUAUGUCUGGUUACAUUAACGGCUAUUAGGAUGAGGUUUAAAAGAUUUAGAUUCCUAAAAAUUGCUUAUUAAAUGUGUUUAGUUGCUUUAUUAAAAUAAUUUUAGUUCGCACGCGUCAGUGGUGUUUGUGGGCAGAUUGAGACAAAUAUUUACUGAUCACUAACUUACAUUGUGAUUUUGAAAUAAUACUUAAAAUGAACGCAUUCACUUUUUUAAAAUCAAUAUGUUUUAUACUACAACAUAUUGAUUUUAAAUUUAAAUGGAUUGUAGUAUUUCAUAAUUUUAAUGUUUCAAAAAGUGAAUGCGUUCAAUAUGCUGUUGAAAGUCUGCUUUGGAAUAAAAUUUUAAAUAAUAUGAGGUUUUAUUAUAAAAAUUUCGAUAUUCAAUUUUGAUCCAUUUGAGUCAUUUCACACAUUCUGCCAGAUGCUAUAAUUUCUUAUUAAUUGCAAUUUGUAGUGUUUUCAAAUUUAUUUAUUUAAUAGAAUUUUGCUUAAAUUUAUGUUUUUAAAAAUUUAUAGAUGUUUGCUUGAGAAAACUCAUUUUUUUAUUAUUUAAAUUGUUAUUUUCUAUGGCUGUAUUUGUAUCAAUGUUAAUAAAUUUUGAUUCUAUGUAUUAUAAUAAAAUUUAAGAACUUU